AUGCAGUCAUCGUCAAGAAUUAAUAUAUUUUUUUUUACUAUAAGUUUAUUUGUUUUAUUAAUCGGAAUUGUCUAUCAACCCUUACCUGACAAUUUCCCUCAACCAUGGAAAUAUCGAUUUCUUUCAUAUUGGGCUCAUCGUAUUGAUCAGCUGGGAUCCUAUUGUGAACAAAUGAAUUUAUUUACUCGUAUUAAUUUAAUACGAAAUCUUCAUUAUCUAUCAAUGGGUUUAUUUAAAAAACGACAUCCUGAAUGUCGUUUGAAAGUUUAUGAUAGAAAAAUUGCUAAUGUUCAUGUACGAAUUUAUGAACCAGAAGAAUCGAUUGAUCAUGAAGAAAAAACAACCAUGAUUUACUUUCAUGGUGGUGGAUUUCUUUUAGGAUCAAUUGAAACAUAUGAUCAAGCAACUUAUCGAAUGGCUAAUCUAACACGCACUACUCUUUUUGCAGUCGAAUAUCGUUUGGCACCGGAACAUCGAUUUCCAAGUGGUUUGGAAGAUUGUUUAUCGGUUAGUCGAGAAUUAUUUGAGAAUGGGCACAAUUAUAAAAUAAAUUCUAAUCGAAUUAUAAUGUCUGGCGAUUCAGCUGGUGGAAAUUUAGCGUUGGUUGUUAGUCACUUAUUAAUUAACGUUGGACAUACACCCUAUUUACUUUCUCUAUUAUAUCCUUCACUACAAUUUUUUGAUUUUACAUUACCAUCUUAUCGUACAUAUUUAAAACAAAAUAUUCUUGGUGUUUUAAAUGAAAAUAAUCUUGUCUCAAUGGUAUCUUUAUUAAGUGAAAAUGAAAUUCAAGUAACAAGCGAUUUUUUAUUGAAUUCACAUUUAUCAAUUGAUGAUAAAACUAAACUAUAUCCCUUUAUUGAUCCAAACAAAUAUUUAUCGAUAGCACAUGAUUUUAAUAUAUCUCAUGAAGGAAAUGAAAGUUUAAUUAAAGAUUUAAAAUAUUUAUUAUCUCCACUAAUGUCUCCACUGCUUGUGUCUGAUGAACAAUUAUUAAAAUUACCAACAAUUCUUCUUUUUACAACUGAAUUUGAUAUUCUUAGAGACGAAGGUUUCAUAUUUGCUUCUCGAUUAAAUUCAUUAAAUAAAACAAUUUAUCAUCAUCAUUUCUCUAAUGCAUUCCAUGGUGCACAUGCUUUCUUAUAUGGUCCAUUAAGUUUUGAAAUAGCUCACCACAUGAUUGAACAUACCGCCCAAGCAAUCAAAAAUCAUCUGUGA